AUGUUCGCAGCAAGAGUUCAGUUGAGAAAGCUUGUUGCUUACUGCUGUAUACGGUUCUAUCAUACGAGUUUAAGAGUUUGGAGCAAGAGGAAUUUAGUGCCAGAACGAUUCCUAACCCUAGCGGAGACCUCGGGAUUCACCAACGCAUCAGGAAAGAAAAUAGCGAAAAAUUACAACAAGAAAAGGUAUAAUUAUGCAAUAUACAAAUUAUAUAUGCUACCCCCUGACAGUAAGUUGUAGCAUCAGUUAAUGUUAGAUUAGAUAUAAUUUCCAGGAGUGGGCAUUUCCAUUGUCAGGGCUCACCCUUGGAGUCUUGCCCUUGUGCCUCUUAGCCUUGCUUUCCUGUUUAUGCUGUCAGGUCUUGUAUUUAUGGACCUUGUUGGCCUACAGUAUGGCAUGGUAUGGUAUGACUAUGGUACAGUAAACUUUAAUUAUGUAGCUAACUCCUGGCUGGUAUUCAGAAUCAACCCCUCCCUCGUGCAAUGGCCUCAUGCAUGGUAUAUGUUCUAGAUUAGAAAAAAGCAAUAUAUCGAAGAAAGAGUAUAUCUAUGGUAUAUCACCAUGUCUGACUGCACUUGAAGCAAACAGAAGAAAAUUUUACACAAUUUAUUUCAAUGAUGAAUCACUGAAUACAAAAUCAAGGUAAGACUAUAAAGAUAGUAAGAUUUUUUCUGAUAUUUUACGAAGUCAGUCUUGUCAUGAACCUGUUUCCGGUCAACCCAAGUUGCAUGUCCCAAGGUUGCUCAUUUUAUGUUUCUUAUAAUUAUCUCAGACCACAGUUUAAAAUGAUCAAAACUCUAUCAACUCAGAGAAAUAUCCCAACAAAGUCAGUUUCAAGAAAACGAUUGGAUGAUCUUUGCGGACAUCGACCUCAUCAAGUAUGUCAAAAUAUUUUUAUCAAAACACAAGUUUUGAUUCAAGUAUAAAUUAGAAUCGUGGCUACUGCAUCCAUCUUUUUCAACUUGACAGUACAACGACGUUUGUGAUUUUGUAGAAUAUUGUCAUGAAGGUUGGUAAUCUCUCAUUGCUCCCUCUGAAAACUGAUUACGAAAGGUGAACUUUUAGAAAUGUUUUAUUGAUACAUGAGAUCCUUCAUAUACAAUAAAUUGCUGCACGUUUUCAACUAAUCCCAUAUGGUCUAGUGGUUAGGAUUCGUGGUUUUCACCCACGCGGCCCGGGUUCGAUUCCCGGUAUGGGAAAGUUAUCUUUUUAAAUUUUUUUCAUUCAUAUUUUUAUUUUUUCUUGUCUUUAUUUCAUAGACCUCAUCUUCGCCAUUCAAAAAUCCUUACAUUUUUAUUUUGAACUUUUUGUAGUGAUUCUACAGCGAGUAUAUUAAACGCUCAUAAAAAUCGCCCAGCACUUUGGCUAAUUCUUCAAGGAAUUCAGGUAAAACGUAUAUAUCUCACUUUAUAUUAACUUCUAAAUAAAAGCGAUCAUGUUAUGAUACAUAUUUGCUAAAAUUGCGCUGGUUUUUAGAAAGUUUAUUGGCGAAAUUUUGAAUUUUUUCUUCGACUUUUGUCAAUUUUUUUUUGCUCGCCCCAGACCCCAUUGUGACUCGCGGUCAAACACAGCCUGCCCAAAACCAAUAUGUCUUAAUAUAGAUUAUAGGAUAAUAUGAAUAUUGUAAAAAUGAAUACUUUGAUCAUGCCUAGAAUUAUUUGUAAAUUUCAAGGAUCCUAUGAACAUGGGGGCAAUACUCCGUACAGCUGUCUUUCUUGGAGUAGAUAAAGUUGUGAGCAGCGAAUAUGACAGGUAUACAUCUAUCUGUCAACCAAUGAAGCCAUCAUCAUCAACCAACCAAAUAACAACCACAAUGUUAACAGCGGUUUCAAUAGGCAACUGUGCAACUCAGUAAUGAGGGCAACUCUCUGUCCAUGAAAGGUUUUCUUUCCUUUUUCAAGCUGAGGGUAACAGUAGUUAACCCAAGGUGACAAAAUAUAUCUUCCAUUGAUAUAAGGUACAUAAUACUUCUCAUUCAGCUGUGCCCUUACUCCUGCUGUAAGCAAGGCGAGUGCCGGGGCAAUGGAAGCUUUGCCAGUAUAUUCAACAAACAUCAAAGAAUUACUAAAGGUACUACUAGUUAAACAAUAUGUUGUGCUGUGUUUUAUGUGAAAUUAUAUGUAAUGUUGUUACUCUGCAUGACUUGAAAAGUCAUAUUAAUUUAACAAUGGCAAACAGAAAUUCAAACAAACAUGUCGAAUGAAUAUCAAGUAAACGUGGAAGAUCAAAUGGAGCGAAAGCCUUCCAUGAGAUGAGAUAUUACAAGAAAAGACAUAAACCUUGUACAAAACUGUUGCAUUAUCAUAUUUCAGAGAAAAAGAGAAGAAGACUAUGAGAUUCUAGGAACAGUCAGCCCACAUUUUGUUCCUCAAGAAAACAGAUCAUCCAUUGUAACUGUCAGCAAUGAAUUGAAAUUGGAGAAACCUUCCCUGCUUGUGUUAG